GGACCUUGCUUCUCGGCGCGCUGCGGCGACCCGCGGCCAGUUCCGGUGGUGCCCGCCGUGCUCGGUCCCGGAGAGCCGCGAUGGCGGCGGUGGAUUCGGAUGUCGAGUCCCUCCCGCGCGGGGGCUUCCGGUGCUGCCUCUGCCGCGUUACCACAGCCAACCGACCCAGCUUAGAUGCCCAUUUGGGAGGCCGGAAGCACCGGCACCUGGUAGAAUUACGAGCUGCCCGCAAGGCCCAGGGGCUUCGAAGUGUGUUUGUCAGUGGUUUUCCCCGGGAUGUGGAUUCUGCUCAGCUCUCGCAGUACUUCCAGGCAUUUGGACCUGUGGCCAGCGUUGUCAUGGACAAAGACAAGGGGGUGUUUGCCAUCGUGGAGCUGGGGGACCUGGCUACCCGGGAAGCCGUCCUGGCCCAGCCCCAGCACAGCCUGGGUGGACAUCGCCUGCGAGUCCGGCCGCGGGAGCAGAAAGAGUUCCAGAGCCCCGCGUCCAGGUCCCCCAAAGGAGCCGCCCCUGACAGCCAGCAGCUGCUGAAAGCCCUGGCCGACGCCCCGGAUGUGGGUGCACAGAUGAGAAAGCUCGUGGGGCUGAGGGAGCUGUCGGAGGCCGAGCGGCAGCUGCGGAGCCUCGUGGUGGCCCUGAUGCAGGAGGUCUUCACUGAGUUCUUCCCCGGCUGUGUGGUCCAUCCUUUUGGCUCUUCCAUAAACAGCUUUGAUGUCCACGGCUGCGAUCUUGACCUCUUCCUUGAUCUGGGCGACUUGGAAGAGCCGCAGCCGGGCCCCAAGCCUCCAGACUCUCCCUCCCUGGACUCGGCCCUGGCAUCCCCACUGGACCCUCAGGCCCUGACCUGCACCCCAGCUUCUCCUCCCGACUCGCAGCCGCCAGCCUCUCCGCCAGACUCCGAAGGCCUGGACUUGGAGGCCCCGUCCUCCCUGGCGCCCCGGACCCCAGACUCAGCUUUGGCAUCGGAGACCCUGGCCUCUCCCCAGUCCCUGCCCCCAGCCUCCCCGCUGCAGGAGGACGGGGUGGACGGGGAACUGGGCAAGGCCCCGAAGGGGGAGAAGGCGGAGGGUGGCGCCAUGCUGGAGCUGGUCGGGUCCAUCCUUCGGGGCUGUGUCCCCGGGGUGUACCGCGUCCAGACCGUGCCCUCGGCUCGCCGCCCUGUGGUCAAGUUCUGCCAUCGGCCCUCGGGGCUCCACGGUGACGUCUCCCUCAGUAACCGGCUGGCCCUUCAUAACUCCCGCUUCCUGAGCCUCUGUUCGGAGCUGGAUGGGCGAGUCCGGCCCCUUGUCUACACUGUCCGCUGCUGGGCUCAGGGUCGGGCGCUGUCAGGGAGCGGCCCCCUGCUCAAUAACUACGCCCUGACCUUGCUGGUCAUCUACUUCCUUCAGACCAGGGCCCCUCCUGUUCUGCCCACCGUGCUGCAGCUCACCCAGAAAGCAGGUGAGGGCGAGCAGGUGGAGGUGGACGGCUGGGACUGUAGCUUCCCCCGGGAGGCCUCGAGCCUGGAGCCGAGCAGCAACACCGAGCCCCUGAGUUCCCUGCUCGCCCAGUUCUUCUCCUGCGUUGCGUCCUGGGACCUUAGCAGUUCGCUGCUGUCCCUGAGGGAAGGCCAGGCGCUGCCGGUGGCCGGGGGCCUGCCUGCCCACGGCUGGGAGGGGCUGCGCCUCGGCCCCAUGAACCUCCAGGACCCUUUCGACCUGAGUCACAAUGUGGCGGCCAACGUGACCAGCCGGGUGGCGGGGCGGCUGCAGAACUGCUGCCGGGCGGCCGCCAGCUACUGCCGCAGCCUCCAGUUCCAGCGCCGCUCGCCCCGGGGCCGCGACUGGGGGCUGCUCCCGCUGCUGCAGCCCAGCCCCCCCAGCUCGCUGCUGUCCGCCACCCCCAUCCCUCUACCCCCGGCGCCGUUCUCCCAGCUCACGCCUGUCCUGGCUCAGGUGUUCCGGGAAGCCCUAGGGUGCCACAUCGAACAGGGCACCAAGAGACAGCGGUCCGAGGGAGGGGGAGCCGGGGAGCCGGCCCCGGCGGGGGCAAGUAAGAGACUGAAACUGGACGACCAGAAGAACUGCGAAGCGGAAAUGGAGCAGCCGCAGGGCUGCGCUGGCGACCACGGCGAAGACGGGGUGGAGGAAAUGGUCGUAGAGGCCGGAGAGCCGGUGCAGGACUGUGCCAUGCGGAGCCCCGGGCAGCCGGCGGAGCUGCCCCCCACCAGCGGAAAGCCUCUGGCUGCUGACGACACCCCGCUGGCCGAGCAGGGCCCUGGAGGACCCCCUGUAUCCCAGGCUGGGGUGUCCUCGGCCUCCGUGAGCUGGCGCUGUGCCUUGUGGCACCGAGUGUGGCAGGGGCGGCGACGAGCCCGGAGACGCCUGCAGCAGCAGACCCGGGCUGGGAGUGAGGGCGGUGCCAGUCCGGGGGCCCAGUGGCUGGCCACUGAGGCUCUAGUAACCCAAGAGCUGAGGGGUCCGGGCACUGUUGGCGACCCGGAGGUCGAACCACUCCUGACCUUUGUGGCGUCUGCCUCCCCUGCUGACCAGACUCUCACGGUGACCCCGACCCAGGAUUCUCAGGGCCUCUUCCCCGAUCUCCAUCAUUUUUUACAGGUCUUCCUUCCUCAGGCACUCCGAAACCUCUUAAAGUGAGGACGGACAAUAAAGCUGCUAGUUU